AUGCCUGUGCAAGCACCUCAAUGGACAGAGUUUCUGUUGUGCCCAAUCUGCACACAGACGUUUGAGGAGACUGUUCGACGGCCUAUUAGCUUGGGCUGUGGACACACUGUCUGCAAGAUGUGCCUGAACAAGUUGCACCGAAAGGCCUGUCCCUUUGACCAGACGGCCAUCAGCACGGACAUCGAACAGUUGCCUGUUAAUACUGCCUUGUUGCAGCUGGUUGGAGGCCAGGUUCCUAAAGCUCAACCUGUUGCGUUGAUCACCAGUCCAGAAGAUUCAUCACAUUAUGAAGAAGCCAGGCAGUGUGUGGAGGAGCUUGCACUAUACCUCAAACCUCUCAGCAAUACUAGAGGUGUAGGUCUGAGCAGCACGGCACAAAGCAUUCUCAGUCGACCCAUGCAGAGGAAACUGGUGACACUGGUCCACUGUCAGCUGGUGGAGGAGGAGGGUCGUGUCAGGGCAAUGAGAGCUGCCCGCAGUUUGGGUGAAAGAACUGUCACAGAACUGAUUUUACAGCAUCAAAACCCUCAGCAGCUUUCCUCCAACCUUUGGGCUGCUGUCAGAGCACGAGGAUGCCAGUUUCUUGGUCCAGCAAUGCAGGAAGAGGCUCUAAAACUGGUUCUACUAGCUUUAGAAGAUGGAUCGGCACUAUCCAGAAAAGUAUUAGUUCUUUUUGUAGUCCAGAGGUUAGAACCCCGCUUUCCACAGGCAUCAAAGACUAGCAUAGGCCAUGUGGUGCAGCUCCUCUACAGGGCAUCCUGCUUCAAGGUUACAAAGCGUGAUGAAGAUUCGUCUCUAAUGCAACUAAAGGAGGAGUUUCGCACAUAUGAAGCUUUGAGAAGGGAACAUGAUUCCCAGAUUGUACAAAUUGCUAUGGAAGGUGGCUUGCGCAUUGCACCUGACCAGUGGUCUUCUUUGUUGUAUGGAGAUCAGUCUCAUAAAUCACACAUGCAAUCUAUUAUUGACAAGCUGCAAACCCCAGCGUCAUUUGCUCAGAGUGUUCAAGAGCUGACUAUAGCACUGCAAAGGACUGGUGACCCAGCUAAUUUAAACAGGCUUCGACCCCACUUAGAGCUCCUGGCUAAUAUUGAUCCCAGUCCUGAUGCCCCACCUCCGACCUGGGAACAACUGGAGAAAGGAUUAGUUGCAGUGAAGACAGUGGUUCAUGGUCUGGUAGACUUCAUCCAGAAUCACAGCAAGAAAGGAGCUGACCCUCAACAGCCUCCUCAGCACAGCAAAUAUAAAACAUACAUGUGCCGUGACAUGAAGCAAAAGGGAGGAUGUCCUCGUGGUGCCAGUUGUACUUUUGCUCAUUCUCAGGAGGAACUUGAGAAAUAUCGGAAAAUGAAUAAACGUCUGGCUGCUCGCCUUCCUGGAAGUGGGGGGCUCAUGCCAGAAGAUGGCCUUCCCCUGGAUGUGGCUGUGACCCGGAAGGCUUCACCCCUCACCAACGGCAGUGGGGCUCCUUCCCUUCCUCAGCUCAUUGCCCGUGGCACUGAUUCAGUCUCUUAUGAACUGCUCCGCAAACCCAUAAAGAUUGAAGGAGGCAGUCCCAGUGCACCUGGAUCACCUCCUGAUGUGAUGGAUCCAAUUCCGAAAGCUGGCAUGCCACUACCACCUCACAGCAUGGUUCAUCAGCGGGUGCCUGCGGAUCAUCACUCAGUGAAGCAGAUGCCUGUUGUCGCCAGAGGUUCUCCAGUUUACCCACAGCCACCAUUAACUGACAUGUACUGUAUUAGACCCCCACCAUCAGCCUCUCAGUAUGAGCCCUCACAAUAUCCUACAGGUUACCACUAUCAACAGCAACCACAGUACGUCACCAGAGAUUAUGUGCGUAAUCCUCCGCCCAGUGAGGCUGGUGGUCCGCCUUACCAGGACCCCUAUCCUGGCUACGGUCCACCCGAACGCUCAUACCAGGCGUCCCACUCUGGACCUCCCUUCUCCUAUCCUCAUCCACAGCACUUUGACAGAGGUCGCCACGGAAACUACAACGGCCCGCCACAACCGUAUCCACCACAGAGGGAAGGUCUAGUCAGAAUGAGCCCUGCUCCUCUCGAUGUUCCCCCGCAGUCAGGGCAGGCGAGCUCUAUGUACCAUCAAGAGCCCAAUUCUCGAGAUAGAUACCCACCUGAUGCCUACUAUCCACCUGGCACUCAGCCCCCAUCCAUGAGGCCAUAUGUAAGAGGACCAUCUUACACAGCCUCGCAUCAUAGUCUGGACUACUUGCAUCGUCGCCGGCAGGAGCUGCUGUCCCAGCUGGAGGAGCGUAAGGUGGUAUCCCCGCCUCCAUUUGCAGCGUCCCCGACUCUUUCUCAUCCAUUUCCCAGUGAAUACUCACAUGAGUACGGUGAUGAGAGCUCAAAAACACUUGUGAAAUGGAGCAUGGAUAUGAUGAAUGUAGAAGCAAAAGGUCUGAGAGACCAAUCUCUGGAGACUUCUCGGCGAGGAACAGAAGUCAAGGAUGAUGACCCCAUUAUCCCCUUUGGUCCUCAGCCCACUGUGUCCCGAUUUGGUGCCAUUUCUCGCACCUCAAAGACUGGCUACCAAACGACCGGCCCUAUACAGGCUAUCGCAGCUAGUCCACAGAACCCCGGCGGAAAACAUAAUAUGCCAGAGUAUUCAUAUGGAAGUCAUGCUGGAUGGGGUGGAGCAUCGUACCCCUCCCAUCAGACGUCACCCUCUCAGCUAGAACAGAUAAAGUUUGAACUGCAGCAGGUAAACCAACAGAUCACCCAGCAGACAACACAGAUGCACGGCAUUGAAGCUGCCAGUAACUCCUUAAUGCUUCAAAGGGAAGCCAGUGUACUUGCAAGCCAGGCCAGCCAGAGCCAAACAGCGCAGCAACAGCCAAAGUGGCCUCCAGGGGGCGCAAAUGCUACGUCAGUUUCCAGUGAACAGCUCAGCCUGGAACUUCACCAGGUGGAACGAGAAAUUGGCAAGAGGACAAGAGAGAUUGCCAUGGAAAACCAAGUAACCCAUGAGCAGUUCAAAAUGAAGCCUGCAGAGAAUGGACAACAAGAGCCAAAGGCUCAGUUAGAGGAUAUCUCAAUGGCCCGAAGUGAGGUGUCUAAUGGCUCCAGCAGUCUGCAAGAAAGUGCAGUGGGCGGGUCCAUGCUGUCACUGACCAACAAGACCUUGUUGUACCGUAGUUUAGCCGUGACGUCCUGGCUUUAA